AUGACUCAAUGCCAAGCUACUGAGUGCUCUGAAGACGACUGCUGUGAGUAUUUGGUUGUGCAGCUUUCCAUUGUCAUAUUGGGACGACUGGCACUUCAACUUGUUUCCUGUCAGACGCUGAAGAUAGAGUUACCAAAGCCAUUUCCUGCUAUCCGGUGGAGUAAGGUCAAUGGUGUUGCAAUUACAGAUGCCACUGAUAUACCUUCUGACUUGAGAAGCACUGAAAGGAAAAGGAUUUCCAAAUGUCUUACCGAAGAAGCUAUGGCGUAUUUUGAUGGAUGCAUCUCCAUCUCGACUUCUGAUGGUUCAGAUUUAUCUGCUCCUGAAGAUCCACCUCGGACAUCAGCUGGAAUCUUCACUCCAGUUAGUGAUGAUGUGUCCUCUCCUCAUCAAAAUUCAAGCAUCAAUGCAUCAUUGCUAUAUGUGUCUGACUGUUCCUCUAACAGCAGAAAGAAAAUGAAUGAUCAUGAUCAGCUCAUGCCGUGCAGUGAGGAUUUUGAUUUGAAAGCAGAUGGCAGAUUUGAAAGAGUGAGUAUUUCUCCAAGGAAGAAGAUGAUCAAGAAAGUAAAAAGUGGGAUAAGCAAGCAGUCAUACCAGUUCUCUUUUGCCCAAAGAGCAAAAGAAGAGAUGAUCUGA